AUGUGAAGCUACACACAAAUACAGACUCACUCACUCUCUCAACCUGUCAAAUUCAACAAAACACACCCUUUUUGAGAGUUUCUUCUUCUUGUUGUUGUUUUUGUGGUGGUAGUGUUGGGAGCAAUGGCUGCAACUGCUUCAAGGUUCAUCAAGUGUGUAACCGUUGGGGACGGAGCUGUAGGGAAAACCUGCAUGCUCAUUUGCUAUACAAGCAACAAAUUCCCCACUGACUAUAUUCCAACGGUGUUUGAUAAUUUCAGUGCAAAUGUGGUCGUUGAAGGCUUCACUGUCAAUUUAGGCCUCUGGGACACAGCUGGUCAAGAGGAUUACAACAGGCUCAGGCCUUUGAGCUACAGAGGAGCAGAUGUCUUUGUCUUGGCUUUCUCUUUAGUUAGUGGUGCAAGCUACGAGAAUGUGUUGAAGAAGUGGAUCCCUGAACUCCAGCAUUUUGCUCCUGGCGUUCCAGUGGUACUAGUUGGGACCAAAUUGGAUCUCCGAGAAGAUAAACACUAUUUGGCUGAUCAUCCUGGUCUGGUGCCUGUGACUUCUGAGCAAGGUGAGGAAUUGCGUAAACUGAUUGGAGCUACCUAUUAUAUUGAGUGCAGCUCAAAAACUCAGCAGAAUGUCAAGACAGUUUUUGAUGCUGCGAUCAAGGUGGUCAUCAAGCCCCCACAAAAGCAACAAGAGAAGAAGAAAAAACCUCGUCGAGGGUGUCUACUAAAUGUCAUCUGUGGAAGGAAUAUUGUACGUCUUAAAUGAAAUAUGCCAUCUGUAUUUUCAUCCAAAGGCAAACUUGCGAAUGUGAAAACUCCGUUAUCAUUCGGUAGAAAUUAUUGAAUUGGCUAGAGGUCGUUUGGCUUUUUUUUUUUUUUUUUUUUAAUUUCUUGAUAGGCUUAUGUCUUGAAGAAAUACUAUACUUUUGGACCAGAUUUCUUGUAAGAAAAGGACAGUAAAAAGCUAAAUAUGCUUGGCUAGCUAUUAUUUUAUUUCUGUUGAUAAG